AUGUCGGGUCGGAAGCCUGCCUCGGGCCGUGCCGCUGCCACCAGCCCAGCGCCUGCAGGGCAAGCGGUUUUGAGCAGAUUCUUCCAGUCUACGGGAAGCCUGAAAUCUACUUCAUCCCCCUCGGGUGCAGCCGAGAAGGCCGACCCUGACUCUGACUCCGCAGCGCCCCUAGCGCCCACUUUCCCGCCUCAGUUGCCGCCACGCGUGGUUGCAGAAAUUGGCAGCAGUAAAAAGAGACCACUGGAGAGUGAUGGGCCUGUUAAAAAGAAAGCAAAGAAAGUCCAAGAAAAGGAAGGAAGAAGUGAUUCAAUGAUGUUUGGGAAUGCUGAGCCAAAGAAAUGUCUGAGGACCAAGAAUGUUUUAAAGUCUCUGGAAAAAUUGAAAAAAUUCUGCUGCGAUUCUGCCCCUCCUCAACAUAGAGUUCAGACAGAGCCUCUUCAGGAGAGAUUUGCAAUUCUGCCAAAAUGUACUGAUUUUGACGAUAUCAAUCAUCUACGUGCAAAGAAGGCAGUUUCUUGUGAAGAUUCCAAAUCUCAUAUUAGUCAAAAGGAUAAGACACUUUCUGAUCUCAGUCCCUUUGGAUCAUCACACAUGGGUGAUGACAAUUUACAAAAAACUUCUGAUCCUAAGCCAUCUAACAAACGGACCAAAAGCAUCUACACACCUUUAGAAUUACAAUACAUAGAAUUGAAGCAGCAGCAGAAAGAUGCAAUUUUGUGUGUGGAAUGUGGAUAUAAGUAUAGAUUCUUUGGGGAAGAUGCAGAGAUUGCAGCCCAGGAGCUCAAUAUUUAUUGCCAUUUAGAUCACAACUUUAUGACAGCAAGCAUACCUACUCACAGACUGUUUGUUCACGUGCGCCGCCUUGUGGCAAAGGGAUAUAAGGUGGGAGUCGUGAAGCAGACAGAAACUGCAGCAUUAAAGGCUGUCGGGGACAACAGAAGUUCACUGUUUUCCCGGAAAUUGACUGCUCUUUAUACGAAAUCUACACUUAUUGGAGAAGAUGUGAACCCUUUAGUCAAGCUGGAUGAUGCUGUAAAUGUUGAUGACAUAAUGACUGAUACUUCUACCAGCUUUCUUUUGUGUAUCUGUGAAAAUAAGGAAAAUGUUAAGGACAAAAAAAAGGGGAACAUUUUCUUUGGAAUCGUGGGAGUACAGCCUGCCACAGGUGAGGUGGUGUUUGAUAGUUUCCAAGACUCUGCUUCCCGUUCGGAGCUAGAAACUCGGAUACUGCGCCUGCAGCCGGUGGAGCUGCUGCUUCCCUCCCACUUGUCAGAGCAAACAGAGACGCUUGUCCACAGAGCCACAGCUGCUCGUGUGCAGGAUGACAGAAUUCGAGUAGAAAGGAUGGAUGACAUGUACUUUGAAUACAGCCAUGCUUUCCAGGCAGUUACGGAGUUUUAUGCAAAAGAUGCACUUGACGUCCAAGCUUCUCAAAGUUUUUCUGGCAUCAUUAACUUGGAGAAGGCUGUGAUUUGCUCUUUGGCUGCCAUAAUAAGAUACCUCAAAGAAUUUAACUUGGAAAAGGUGCUUUCCAAGCCCAAGAAUUUCAAACAGUUGUCUGGUGAAACGGAAUUUAUGACAAUAAAUGGAACAACAUUAAAGAAUCUUGAAAUCCUACAGAAUCAGACUGACAUGAAAACCAAAGGAAGUUUACUUUGGGUCCUAGACCAUACUAAAACCUCAUUUGGGAGACGGAAAUUGAAGAAGUGGGUGACCCAGCCACUCCUUAAACUAAGGGAGAUAAAUGCUCGACUAGAUGCUGUAUCUGAAGUACUCCAUUCAGAAUCCAGUGUGUUUGGUCAGAUAGAAAAUCAUCUGCGUAAACUGCCCGAUAUAGAGAGAGGACUCUGUAGCAUUUAUCACAAAAAAUGUUCUACACAAGAGUUCUUCUUGAUUGUCAAAACCCUGUAUCACCUGAAGUCAGAAUUUCAAGCAUUAAUACCUGCUAUUAAUUCCCAUGUUCGGUCAGACUUGCUCCAGACAUUUAUUUUAGAGAUUCCUGAACUCCUCAGUCCAGUGGAACGUUACUUAAGGAUGCUUAAUGAACAAGCUGCCAAAACUGGGAAUAAAACUGAAUUAUUCAAAGACCUUACUGACUUCCCUUUAAUAAAAAAGAGGAAGGAGGAAAUUCAAGAAGUUACUGACAAGAUCCAAAUACAUUUACAAGAAAUACGGAAAAUACUAAAAAAUCCUUCUGUACAAUAUGUAACAGUGUCAGGACAGGAGUUUAUGAUUGAAGUAAAGAAUUCUGCUGUAUCUUGUAUACCAACUGAUUGGGUUAAGGUUGGAAGCACAAAAGCUGUGAGCCGUUUUCACUCUCCUUUUAUUGUAGAAAAUUACAGACAUCUGAAUCAACUCCGGGAGCAGCUAGUCCUUGACUGCAGUGCUGAAUGGCUUGAUUUUCUAGAGAAUUUCAGUGAACAUUAUCACUCCUUGUGUAAAGCAGUACAUCACCUAGCAACUAUUGACUGCAUUUUCUCUCUAGCCAAGGUCGCUAAGCAAGGAGAUUACUGCAGACCAACUCUACAAGAGGGAAGGAAAAUCUUGAUUAAAAAUGGCCGGCACCCUGUGAUUGAUGUGUUGCUGGGAGCACAGGAUCAGUAUGUACCCAACAGUACAAAUUUAUCAGGGGAUUCAGAGAGAGUAAUGAUAAUCACUGGACCAAACAUGGGUGGAAAGAGCUCCUACAUAAAACAAGUUGCAUUGAUUACUAUCAUGGCUCAGAUGGGCUCCUACAUUCCUGCGGAGGAAGCAACAAUUGGAAUCGUGGAUGGCAUUUUCACAAGGAUGGGUGCUGCAGAUAAUAUAUAUAAAGGACAGAGUACCUUUAUGGAAGAGCUGACUGACACAGCAGAAAUAAUAAGACAAGCAACAUCCCAGUCCUUGGUUAUCUUGGAUGAAUUGGGAAGAGGGACAAGCACCCAUGAUGGAAUCGCCAUUGCUUAUGCUACACUUGAGCAUUUUAUUAGAGAUGUGAAAUCCUUAACCCUGUUUGUCACCCAUUAUCCACCCGUUUGUGAAUUAGAAAAAAGUUACUUACAACAGGUGGGAAAUUAUCACAUGGGAUUCUUGGUCAAUGAGGAUGAAAGCAAAAACGAUCCAGGUGAAGAACAAGUCCCUGAUUUUGUCACUUUUCUUUAUCAAAUAACCAGAGGAAUUGCAGCAAGGAGUUAUGGACUAAAUGUGGCUAAAUUAGCAGAUGUUCCUGGAGAAAUUUUAAAGAAAGCAGCUAGCAAGUCAAAAGAGUUGGAAGGAUUAGUAAAUAUCAAGAGGAAAAGGCUAAAGUGUUUUGCAAAGUUAUGGAUGAUAAAUGACGCAAAAGACCUACAAAAAUGGAAAGACGAGUUUGAAAUGGAAGAAAUUCCAGGCUUCUCUUCUUGAUUAAAAUGAAGACUACAUUUUUGGACAAAACAUGGAGAAUUAAAAAUACCAUCUGUACCAAACAUCUCUCCAGUAACAGCCUAUCUUUGUGUGAUGUGAGCAUAAAAUCAGAACUAUGGUAUAUUCCCAUUGGAAACAGGCCUUUUGUGUAGAAAGUCUGUUCCAGGUUCUUGUCAUCCUGACUUAUAAAAGUAUAAACAGUUUUGAAUAUUAAGUCUUCUGUUAUAUAGUUAGAAAACUUCAUGAAUAGUAAGAUUCACAUAAAAUCUGAUCUCCUAAACUAAGCCUAACAUAAACUAAAAGUUUAUAGAGAAUGAUAGAAAAAUUUAAUUCAUAUUUUUGUUCCAGUCCAGAUUAAUUUGCAACUGGGUGAGAUGUCUAGCAGAAAUACACCUUUUCAUUUGAACUAAAGUAAUUUUAUAAUGUCACCAGUUUAUUCACUAUGAGCGUAAGAAUUUUUGAUGAGAAAUAGAAAAAGAUAUCAAGCUUUUAGAAAGUAGAGCACGGAAGGAAUAAGAUCAUAUGAAAUUUGAAAAGUUAAAUACUCUCACAGUUUUAAGCAAUUUAAAAAUUAUUGGAUGAAAUUAUUUGUCAUUCAGGUAAUAAACAUUUAAUGAAUACUUGCUAUAAAUAAUGAUUUUUUUUACUUGUUGAAUUUUGGGUUUUUCAACUAUCUGGCAGUUGCUACUUUUUAGGUUUAAUUGUGGAACCAAGGUUGCUGCUCCUAGCAAUACACAGAACUGAAUUUUGGAUCUUUCUGUUAAUCAGUGUAGAAAAUGUAUGAUCUCUGCCGUAUCGAAGUAUGUAGUUUUGUUGAUAGUUAACAGCACUCCCUCCCUGUAUGUUUAGGUUGACAUGUGUUCAUCUGUGUCCCUGAGGUUUUAACAGCACUUACAACCUGACUUCUCAUAGCCGUGUGGUUUUGUUUGUAAAUCUGUGAUCUUGCACAAAGACUCUCCAUCCUAUUUCACACCCAUUUGUUAUUCCUGCUUGUUAAAUGUCUUCCCCACAUUUGACGGACGUAUUUCUAACUCCUUCUUUAGUUUCUUUCCUCCAGUGGUCCGAACAGUGACGCCUGGAUACAGGAGUCAGUAUAACCUCCCCAAGUUGAAGGGUGUUUGGUUGCCGGACUUUUGAAUCACUUACACUGGAGCCCUUUGAUUCCUAGCCUUUUUGCAGUUAAGAGUAUGAUACCACUUGAUUGAUUCCACAAUCCCUUCAGAAGUACUAACAGUGAAAUCCUCAAGAAUGUCUCAAAAGAGAGUUUGCUAUUGGAAUUUACUAUCUAAAUUUUAGAAAGAACAAUACUUUUUAAAUAGUGUUUUAAUACUCUAUAUGAUAGUAAAUGUUUUAUAUCCUUUCUAACAAGUUUUGGAGGUAGUGCUGUAACCUUAUGGCAGGCCAGUAGGAAAAGGAGAUGAAUCCAGGAAUGUCAUACCCUUGCCUGAGGGAGCUGAGGGACCAGCCAUCAGUGGUUAUGUCCAAGGGGACAUUUUGGGCCAUCUCUGGCUUGUGCAGGCCAGCAUCAACAUUUAAGCAGGUAUGGGCUCCAGGAGCAGUGUGUCCAGGUAGUGGCAAUCCACAUUGUCUGGCAAGUGACAAUGUGGACUAUUACAAGGUAAUUCUUUAACAUGAGGAAGGAUAUCAGCCAGCCAGCCAGUGUGCAAGAGGUCAGGCCUGGUUAGGAGGCCAGCACUGCUGAACUGCAUUUCCAAGUGAGGCCCCUUCCUGGUCAGAUAGCUGAGACAUUGAAGGGAAAUUUGUGACAGAGUCCCAGUUAGGAAGAUGGCACAAAGGCCAUGAAGAUUGGCAGGAAAUAUGCAAUUGAUUGGGUACAUACUGCAGAUAACCAAAUCGAGGGGUACAAUUCUAAUGUCUUCCAGAUACUAAUUUCAUUUCCUUUCGAUAUAUACCCAGAAGUAGAAUUGCUGGAGCACAUGGUAGUUCUGUUUUUAAUUUUUCGAGGAGCUUCCAUAUUGUUUUGCAUAAUGGCUGUACUAAUUUAUAUUCCUAGCAGUAGUGCACAGGAGUUCCCGUUCUCUACAUCCUGACCAAUGCUCGUUGUCGCUUGUCUUUUUGAUAAUAACUAUUCUAGCAGGUUUGAAGUGUUCUCUUAUUGUGGUUUUGAUUUGCAUUUCCCUGGUGAUUACAGUCAGCUUUAGAACAUUAUCAUACUCUAAAAAAGAAACCUGUACUCAUUAGCAUUCCUCCAUUCCUCCCCAAAAUCCCUCGUCCUAGACAGCCAUUAUCUGUUUUCUGUCCCUAUAGAUUUUCCUAUUUUGGACAUUUCAUAUGAAUGGAAUCAUUACAAUAUAUGGUCUUUUGUAUCUGGGUUCUUUCAUUUAGCAUUUUGUUUUCAAGGCUCAUUCAUGUGGUAGCAGGUAAUGGUACUUCAUUCUUUUUUAUUAUUGCAAACUACUCUGCUUUAUGUACUUCAUUUUAUUUAUCAAUUCAUCAGCUGAUGCACAUUUGGGUUGCUUCCAUUUUUUGGCUUCUAUGAGUAAUUCUGCUGUGAAUAUUUUAUGUGGCAAGACACAGGGUUGUUUUUUUAAAGCUCCCCCAAAUAAUUCUAAUGUGUAGUCACGUUUGUGAGCCACUAUUCUCAAUGAUGACAAAUGGCUAAACUUCUCAGUGGAUUGACAACUAUUUGCUCCAUCUCUCCUCUGCUUUAUCUGUCACUUAGAAAGUAUGGCAAACUAGAGACCACCCCCCACCCCAAUACUUAUUUGUUGAAAGAGGAAAGAAAACCCAAACCCUUUCAGAUUAGAAACUCAAGGAAAAGACUCUUCUUUUCAUAAUCAAGGUACCAUUUCACUAGGGAGUCAAGAUCUGUACAAAAGUAUAUUACAUCUUAAAAUUAAAAAAAAUUUUUUUUAUUCUGAUAAUUUAUUCAAGUUUGAGCCUGUUGUCAUGGUUGGAGUGGUAAUGGGGCUAGUGAAAAUGCUCCCUGAAUGAAUUCCAGAGUAAAGGCUAGAUUGAAGUCCAGUGUUGACCUUCACUAAGUUUCAAAAUCAAUAUUAAUUACUGCUGGGCUUUGUAAUUAUAAAAGUGCUAUUUGAUGCUCUCUACCAAGGAUAUGGGUAGAGAGAGAAAGAAACUUGAAUUAAUACCAUAUGUGGUUUCUAACUUUAUAAUUAAGGUCAAUUCCUCUUUGGAGCGUUGUAUAGUUAGUAUAUAUGAUUAUUGUUAGGUUUGUUAUGCCCUAAGAAGUAUUACCAUGACGGGGAUAUCCUUUCUGGUUUGGUUGGGAUAGUCUUGGUCUAUACUUGUUUUCUUGGCAUCGUUAUUAAGUCUCUUUCGGGACGCCUGGGUGGCUUAGUUGGUUAAGCGUCUGCUUUCAGCUCAGCUGGGAGCCUGCUUCUCUCUCUGCCUGAUGCUCCCUCUGCUUGUGCGCGCGCUCUCUCUCUCUCUCUGACAAAUAAAUAAAUAAAAUCUUAAAAAAAAAAAAAAAGAAAAUA